AUGGGCGCCAAGGGGCUGUCGGCAGCAGUGGCGGCCGUCGCAGCCCUGGCGCUGAGCUUCAAGGUGUUGCUGGGCGGAUUGUCGAAGAAAGCCUACGAUGGCCUGAACGGCGUCAUCAGCUUCAGCAGCAAGUUGAUUGCGGCCACCCGUGCGGUGGAGGCGGCCGAGGAGCAUGCGCUGGUGUUUGACCCGCUGGCCGCCCGGAUGGCGGGGCAGGAGGCGCUGGCCAGCAGCCGCAGGCGCGCGCAGGCGGCCCCCGAGGGCAGCGAGCGCAAGUACAAGGUCGGCAAGAUGGCCAUCCGGACGCGCUGGUUCGACGACCAAAUCGAGGCUGCCCUGGGCAUGCCCGUGUCUGCCACCAUCCCGGGCGUGCUGCGUGCCGCCAGCGCACCCUCCCGCGUGGAUCUGCCAUCGUACGUCUGGUCCCACCCAGACGGCCACGAGCCGCGGCAGCUGGUGAUGCUCGGCACGGGCAUGGACAGCCGGCCGUGGCGCAUGAAGCUGCCGGCAGACCUGGCAUGGUUUGAGCUGGACCAGGGCGAUGUGGUGGGGGCCAAGCGCGCGCUGCUGCACCAGCUGGCGGCAGAGGUGCCCGAGCCGGAGGAGCGGGUGGAGGCGCAGGAGGAGCCCAUGUCGCCCAAGUUUGUGGACAGCGGGCUGGCCCGCCACACCAGCAUCGACGAGGUGCAGUUCCCGCUGCGCUGCGGCUCCUGGGCCGCCGUGGCCUGCGACCUCUCGGACCCGGCCUGGAGCGAGGCACUGGUGGGCGCGGGCUUCGACCCGCGCAAGCCCACGGUGUGGGUGGCAGAGGGCCUGCUGAUGUAUCUGGAGGAAAGCAAGGUGCAGGGUAUGCUCAGGAAGGUGGCAGAGCUGUCUGAGGAGGGCAGCGUGUUCAUCGGGCUGAGCGUGACGCUGGCGGUGAUCGACAGGCUGCGCGCGCGGGGCAAGGGCAGCGGCGUCGCCUCAUCCCUCAUGGACCAGUGGGUGUUUGGCUGCCCGGAAGAUCCCACCCAGUUCCUGGCGGCCUGCGGGUGGCAGCUGCAGCUGGCCACGGACCGCCUCCGCCAGGCCGCCGCUCUGGGCCUGGACCCAGAGCUGUGCGCCUUCCCCACCAAGGGCGGCGCGUCCGAGGCCGAGGGAGGCACCAGUCUGUUCAUGGUGGCCACCCCCACUGCGGCGCCCAAGAAGGAUUAA